GACUCUUAUUUGUUGGGGGGCAGGGAAAUGCGGUAAUUUGUUGGCUGGUUGUCCAUCUGAAGUUCAGUAGUAUAUGCGUAGGGAGAGCUAUAUGGGAUUGUUUUAAAAUAUUUCUUUCCCAAAAUGUCACAAUUCGAUUCAGGGCUGCUUAGUGUCAGAGGCCAGAGAUCUACUGGAGCAUGGGUGCGGACACAAAAUGUUAUGGCUGCAGCAUCUAUAGCCAACAUUGUGAAGAGUUCCUUGGGACCAGUUGGUCUUGACAAGAUGUUAGUUGAUGACAUUGGAGAUAUAACGAUUACAAAUGACGGGGCCACAAUCCUGAAGAUGAUUGAAGUUGAACAUCCUGCUGCCAAGGUUCUGUGCGAACUGGCCCAAUUACAAGACAAGGAGGUUGGGGAUGGAACAACUUCAGUUGUAAUACUGGCAGCUGAGCUACUGAAGAACGCAGAAGAGCUAGUUUCUCAGAAAAUCCACCCUACCAGUGUCAUCAGCGGUUAUCGCUUGGCUUGCAAAGAAGCUGUCAGAUUUAUCAACGAAAACCUGACGAUCAAUACAGAUGAGCUGGGACGAGAAUGUCUGGUGAAUGCAGCCAAGUCAUCAAUUUCUUCAAAAAUUAUUGGAAAUGAUGCUGAUUUCUUUGCCAAUAUGGUAGUGGAUGCAGUCAUGGCUGUGAAAUUUGCCGAUGGUAAAGGCCAAUAUCACUACCCCAUUAAUUCAGUUAAUGUGCUUAAAGCCCACGGUCAAAGCCAGAGGGAGAGCAUGCUGGUCAAUGGCUAUGCCAUUAACUGCACUGUGGCUUCACAAGCAAUGCCGAAGAAAAUUACUGGUGCAAAGAUCGCAUGUCUGGACUUCAGUCUGCAGAAAACCAAGAUGAAACUGGGAGUACAUGUUGUCAUUUCUGACCCAGAGAAGCUUCAGCAAAUUCGCCAAAGGGAAAUUGAUAUCACAAAAGAACGAAUUCAGAAAAUCCUGGCGGCGGGGGCUAAUGUGAUCCUCACCACAGGGGGGAUUGAUGACAUCUGUCUCAAGUACUUUGUGGAAGCGGGUGCCAUGGCAGUAAGAAGAGUUCUGAAGCAAGACCUGAGGAGAAUUGCAAAGGCCACUGGCGCCUCUGUGUGCCCUACUCUGGUGAACCUGGAAGGAGAGGAAACCUUUGAUUCCUCCCUGCUGGGUCAGGCAGAAGAAGUGAUACAAGAGUGGAUCUGUGAUGAUGAGCUCAUUCUCAUCAAGAAUACAAAAGCUCGGACAGCUGCCUCCUUGAUUCUAAGGGGAGCCAAUGACUUCAUGUGUGACGAGAUGGAGCGCUCCGUUCACGAUGCCCUGUGUGUGGUGAAGAGAGUCCUAGAGUCCAAAUCAUUGGUGGCAGGAGGGGGUGCCGUGGAAACGGCACUCAGCAUCUACCUGGAAAACUUCGCAACCACUAUGGGCUCCAGGGAGCAGCUGGCUAUAGCAGAGUUUGCCCACUCAAUGCUCAUCAUUCCAAAGGUCCUGGCGGUGAAUGCAGCCCAGGACUCCAUUGACCUAGUGGCCAAGCUCAGAGCCUUCCACAACCAGGCCCAGAUCAAUCCUGAUCGCAAGCAUUUCAAAUGGAUUGGUCUAGACCUUGUUAAUGGCAAACCAAGAGACAACAAGCAAGCAGGUGUCUUUGAGCCCACAGUGGUGAAAACCAAAAGCAUCAAAUUCGCUACUGAAGCUUCUAUCACCAUACUACGUAUAGAUGACCUCAUCAAGAUCGUUCCAGAUGAGAAGGAAGGAGCUAGUAAGUCAUACCAAGAUGCCAUAGAGUCUGGGGAACUGGAAGGUUAAUCAAAGCACAAAGCAUAUGGCUACCUGAAUUAAUUGCUGAACAUUGGCAUUCUUUAUAUUUUUUAAGUGUACUACUUUACCGUAAUGCUAAGGAUAUUAUAACAGACUGGUGUUUAAAGCUUAUUAUUUGCUAACGUGGUGGGGAAUCAACAGAUCUUUGCAUUUUUUCUGAGCAGUCACCUUCUUCAAGUGUUAUCUCAAACACAAUAAUUUAUCCUGUUCAAAUAAUGUAUGACUGCUGCACAAAACUAGCUGUUGUGAAUUUACUUAUAUUUAAAGGAUUCAUUGUGUUACUUAAAAUGAAUAUAGGGUGUAAAAGUUGGCUUUGUAAAAAGAUUGUAUUAAAUGUAAUUACUUAAUGUUUGUUGUAUGAAAAAGUUCCCCAAACUAAAACAGAGAUUCUGACUUAAAUUAAAUUAUACAUACAACAAACUGCAGUAUGUCACACUGUGAAUUCAAUAAAAUGUAUUUUCAAUAGCGCACGUUUGUUUUCAGUUGUUUUAUUAUUAAUAGUUUCUAGGCCUGAUUUUUCAUGUGUUCCAGAUAUUAAAAAUCUAAUUUUGGUGUUAAAUUAGAUGGCUAUGGGCAGCUGCAAGAUUAAUUUUGUGCAGCUGCAGCUGAAAACAUUGUAGAUCUUAAUUUUUCCAUUGUGUACUUUUCAUUGACAUAAACAUAAAUGUCUUUAAAUGUGAUUCUAAAUUGGAAUGUCAGGUUAAUCUCAAUGUUAUGAAGAAGAAAAGAGAAUAGAGAGAAAUCUAUUCAGCCCAUCUAUUUGGAUCGCUAGUAGAUCAAUUGUUAAAUGUAGCCCAGUCACCUUUAUGAACUCCCCAGAAGGUCAGCUUUAAUAAGUUGGCUAAACUGUCUUAAAUUAGACACUCAAAAGUUGUUGUGUAAAGGAAUUGUUUUAAUUUGUAAGCAAGACGCUGCCCCCCAAAUUUGCAUUGUUGAUCUCAAACUAGUCGGGCCAAGUUAAUAUUUGAAUCAAAUUCUUUCAGGCCUUAUCGUUUGAUAAAGAUAUUUUAAUAGAUUGUGAUUCUUUUCUGCAUUGCAUUUGUUAGGUCACCUUCUUUAAAAAAUAAACCUGAUUCCCCCCUUUCAACCCUGAAGUGUAGUUAUUGAUUAAAUGCAAAGACAAUAAUGUAGUUGCUAUUGAUGUAGGGAAAAAUCAGAUCAAAGCCAUCACAUCUAUCAGUUUAAGUACAGUGUUUGGAAAUAAUUGUGUAACUGAUGGGUUUGUUUCAAAUAAACCAAACUUGUAACGUGAAAAACAACAAUAAAGUGCAAGAAAUCCUU